CAGGCUGCCCAGGCUGCCCCCCUUCGCCCUGCCCUGGGCCAGGCCUGCUUCUGACACCAGAGCCCACAUCCGCCACAGGAGAUGACAGAGCUCCCCUGCCAGGGGCUAAAUCUGGGAUCUGGCUGCUGUGCGUCCUGGCCCUGCCACUUGACCUCCGACGCCUGUCCCACCGGAAGUUCUCUGCCCCUCGGCAUGGACAACUGGGCUUCCUGCCACACAAGAGGAGCCGCCGGCACCGGGGCAAGGUGAAGACGUGGCCUCGGGACGACCCCAGCCGGCCCGUGCACCUCACGGCCUUCCUGGGCUACAAGGCUGGCAUGACACACACUCUGCGGGAGGUGCACCGGCCAGGGCUCAAAAUUUCCAAGCGGGAGGAGGUGGAGGCGGUGACAAUUGUGGAGACGCCGCCUGUGGUGGUGGUGGGCGUGGUGGGCUACGUGGCCACCCCGCGAGGCCUGCGGAGCUUCAAGACCAUCUUUGCGGAACAUCUCAGCGACGAGUGCCGCCGCCGCUUCUACAAGGACUGGCACAAGAGCAAGAAAAAAGCCUUCACCAAGGCCUGCAAGAGGUGGCGCGAUGCCGACGGCAAGAAGCAGCUGCAGAGGGACUUUGCUGCCAUGAAAAAGUACUGCAAGGUCAUCCGGGUCAUCGUCCACACCCAGAUGAAGCUGCUGCCCUUCCGGCAGAAGAAGGCCCAUAUCAUGGAGAUCCAGCUGAAUGGCGGCACGGUGGCUGAGAAGGUGGCCUGGGCCCAGGCCCGGCUGGAGAAGCAGGUGCCAGUGCACAGUGUGUUCAGCCAGAGUGAGGUCAUUGAUGUCAUUGCCGUCACCAAGGGCAGGGGCGUCAAAGGGGUCACAAGCCGCUGGCAUACCAAGAAGCUGCCGAGGAAGACCCAUAAGGGGCUGCGCAAGGUGGCCUGCAUUGGUGCCUGGCACCCUGCCCGUGUGGGCUGCUCCAUCGCCCGGGCUGGGCAGAAGGGCUACCAUCACCGCACAGAGCUCAACAAGAAGAUCUACCGCAUUGGUCGGGGGCUGCACACGGAGGACGGGAAGGUGGUUAAGAACAACGCAUCCACCAGCUACGAUGUGACCGACAAAUCCAUCACACCACUGGGUGGCUUCCCCCACUACGGGGAAGUCAACAAUGACUUCAUCAUGCUGAAAGGUUGCAUCGCGGGCACCAAGAAGAGGGUCAUCACGCUGAGGAAGUCCCUCCUGGUGCACCACAGCCGCAGGGCCCUGGAGAACAUCGAGCUCAAGUUCAUUGACACCACCUCCAAGUUUGGUCAUGGCCGCUUCCAGACAGCCCAAGAGAAGAGGGUCUUCAUGGGUGUCCAGAAGAAGCAUCUUGAGAAGGAAAAGCCGGAAACCUCGGGAGACUUGUAGGCAGGAUGGGAUGGAGGGAGCCUGAAAAAAGCGCGGCGCAACCCCCGCCUGUCCCCUUGUCUAAUAAAAGCCAGAGACA